AUGCCUGCUCUCCAGUCCUGUUUCGUCAGAGUGAUGGUUGUUCUCAACUUAGGCAUGGCUGCAGCCGGCCUUCAGCGUGGUUGGCAGCAUGCUACUGCAACGUUUUACGGCGAUAUUAAUGGUGAUGAAACCUUACAGGGAGCUUGUGGAUAUGAAAAUGUUAUUAAACAAGGGUACGGGCUUCAAACAACAGCAUUAAGCGAGGCAUUGUUCAACAAAGGACGUACUUGCGGAGCUUGUUUCCAAAUAGUGUGUUACUCUUCAAAAUGGUGUAAGAACGGUGCGGGAGCAAUCCGAGUCACAGCUACCAACUACUGCCCUCCAAGCUACGAUGAGAAAGCUCCUUGGUGCAACCAACCUCGCAAGCACUUCGAUCUAUCCAUGCCUAUGUUCUUGAACAUUGCAGAAUACAAAGCAGGAAUUGUGCCGGUUCUCUAUCGCCGAGUUAAGUGCCGAAAGAAUGGUGGUAUUAGGUUUCUGUUGAAGGGAAAUCAAGGUUGGUUGCUUGUGCUAGUGUACAAUGUUGGUGGUGAUGGACAGGUUGUUGGUGUGAAGAUAAAGAGUUCAAGGACUGAUUGGAUACAAAUGGAACGUAAUUGGGGGGUAAACUGGCAGGUAGUCGGCGAUACAGUGCCGAAGUUACAGGGGCAGAGCUUGUCUUUCCAAGUUACCGCAAGGAAUGGUCGAAUGGUGCAGUCGGACAAUGUCGUCCCGAAGGGUUGGCAACUGGGGAAGACAUACGAGGGAAGAAACUUUUAG